AUGACGGCGUGGUGGUGCUGGGGCUUCCGCGACGUGAGCAGGCCACUGCAGGUCGUCCGCCGGUUCCUCCUCGGCGGCCGCGACGGCCCGCUGCCCGUCCGCGACCCCUGCGUCAUGGCCCCGCGGACGCAGCCGCUGCCGCAGCUCCCGGACGGGCCCUGCCACCUCCUCGCCUUCAACUACUACUGCGACAGGCCGGCGACGGCGGCGCUGUCGGGCUUCGCGAGCCGCGCCAGGAGGGUGCGCAAGCUGAGGAAGACGACCACGCCCCCGGACGUCCUGGAGGGCGCCGAGUCCGGCGCUGUCGUCCUGGGCCGGACGGUCGCCAACGCCGCCGCCUACAACGCUUCGACGGCGGCCACGACCGCAGCGACGACGGCAGCCGCCAGCGAGGCCACCACGACCGCCACCCUCUCGUCGACGACAGCGUCUCCACCGCGGGAAGCCACCUCCACGGUGAGCAGCCCGCCCGCUAGUCCAACCACACUCCGGGCCAAGACGACGACCACCACCACAGCGGCCGCGCCCACCAGCUCUACCACCACCGACUCCCCCAGCACGACCUCGGCGCCGGCGUCGAGCACCGUGCCAUACCGAGGCCGCGGCAAGUUUCGCUUGACAACCACGUCCACGGAGGUGCCCGACGUGGAGCACGACGCGGCGGGGGCGGUGGUCAUGACGGACUCGCUGUACAACCACUUCCGGCCGCUGCAGCGGGAGCUCCCCGACAACGACCACCUCACGCCGUUUCUCGAGUUCGGCCGCAAGAUUCCAUCCGACCCGACGCGGUCGCCGGUCUCGGCCGGCUCACCGGGGACGAACUUGAUCGUGGAGUCGACCACGUGGGGGCGGUCCGUGCUGCGAAGGGUGUCGCCGGCGCCGUCCAGCGCCGCCCCGGUGGACAGGAAGGGCAGGAAGACGGAGGAGGAGGAGACCCACGAGGAGAUGGACGUGGGCUUCGACAGGCAGGUCGUGGAGAAGAACAAGCUGGCGACGCGGCGGAGGGACUCGGCGCGCACCAUAGAGAACCUCGUCAUCCUGGGCUCUGGCGGUGCCGGCUCGACGCCCACCUCGGUCAAGAAGGCGGCGCGGCGGAAGUUCGUCGUGACGAGGAAGACGCUGCUCAGCAACGCGACGGAAGCCCCGGCGAACGUGACGCACUUGGAACCCGUGGCCUCCGUGUGGACCACCACGCUGUCGCCGCCCAGGGCCUCGGCAUCUAGGACGUCGCCCACGACUGAGGUGCCGCCCGUGUCGACCAGCACGCCGUCGUCGCCCAGGACCUCCACCACGACCGAAUCGCCCUCCGCGUCCACGUCAGCCCCGCAGACCGAGUGGGCCGCGCCGAGCGGCGUCGACGUGCAGCCCGAAGAGAGAACGCCGUCACCAGCUGCGGCCACGGUGCCCAGACGCACGCUGGAGAUGACCCCCUCCAAGGAGGCCAUGAUGAACAAGGCGCAGCAGCGAGGGCGGACGGCCCAGCUCGACGUGCACCGCAUGGUUCAGGAGUUACGAGAAGUCCACGAAGUCCACGAACCAGUGCAGCAGAGCAGCAUGCCCUUGCUGCAGAGCGCGCGCCCGGACACUGCGAACAUGCGCGAGGAAGUAAAGUCCACGCCGAGCAGCGAGCCUCCGCCAGUCCAGGACGUGCCCGACGUGUCCACCGUGGCUGCCUCCGGCCCCGCCACCGGCCCCGCCGCGGACAACACCACCGACGCGUACGUACUGCGGCGCUUCGAGGAGCCGUCCGGGGGCACGCCGCCCACCGAGCUGGGCUUCAUCAAGCCGCCCAAGUCCCAGAUCCCGUACGCCUUCGUCGUGGGCCGCUCCUCCAGCGCCGACGACGUGGACGUCAUGGAGCCCCUGGUUGGGCCUCGACUCGCCAACGUGGCGUACGAGACGCCGGCGCGCGCCGAACACCGGCCCGAGGUCGUGGAGGCCGUGGUUACGUCCGUGUCCGUCAAGCAGCCUUCGCCGUCAGCCACCCCGGCCGCGCCCGCCACCCCCACGACGCCGGGCCCAGCGGAGGAGCAGGUCUCCCUCGCUUCACCGGUCUCGACGGAAAACCUGCAGGACGUGAUCAAGAUCUUCUUCAACAACACAGCCCCGCCCUCUCCGGCGCCGCCGCCCACCGAAGCGCCUCCACCCGUGCUGCCGCUCGUCCUGGAGGAGAAGCCCGCGCGCACCGUGGUGACCAACACCAGCGAGGUGAGCGUGGUGCUGCCGUCGUCCACAAGCACGUCACCACCCAUUACGACGACCAUGACGUCGACGGCGUCGCCGCGGCCUCUGCGGUACCGAUCGACGACCACCACUGUGGGCCCCACGCCCACGCGCUUCCGAUCAACGACGCCUCAGCUCGACACGGCCCUCUUCACGACCUCGACGACUUCCACGACGACCGCGGCGCCGCCGUCCACAGCUGCUGCAGUCAGUGAAGUCGCGGCUCCGGCCUCUACCACAGCCUCCACCACGACUUCUACGACAACCUCCACAACCACCACCACCACCACGACCCCCUCUCCAGAGGCAGAGUCGCCCACGCCGUUCAUCAUCCACGUGCUGCCUUCGGAGGGCACGGCAGUGGAGGCCAAACCCCGCGCCAUCUGGACCGACACGACGACGUCCACUACGACAACCACAACCACGUCGACGACGCCUUCGCCCCCCACGGAACCCUCGCCGCUGUACUCAUCGACCACAACCACCACGCCAGCUCCGUCGUCUACGACCACAACUACAACAACCACCACGUCAACCACCACCACCACACCGCCAACCCCGGUGGAAGUGACGGAGGAGGUGGUCGUGGCGGCGGCGGCACCGAAGCUGGACUCGCAGCCCGCGUCGCCGCCGCAGCCGCCGCGCUCCAACCCGCCGGUGCCAGUGUCGGCCGAAAGCAUCCGCCUGCGCUCCAACAAGCAGCGACCCAUCCCCGUCCCCAAGGAGGUGUUCAAGACCAUGACGACGGUGGCGCCCUCGGCGGCGCAGCCCGCAGACGAUGCCGACAUAACGGUGCUGCCGUUCACGUCGAGCUCCACGACGUCGACCACCACGUCGACCACCACCACGGAGGCGCCGAGGCCCGUGUUCCAGCAGCCUCGGCCCAGCAUCACGCCCGUGCAGAAGGGCCAGCUGGGCCGCGGCCAGGCGGGCCAGGGCCGUGGCCGCGGCCAGGACGGCGCGGCGCCGUCGGACUCCGACCCGCUGCUGCUCGGCGCCAAGGGUCGGGGCCGCGCCGUGUCCAAGCAGGACUUCGCCCUCAUGGACCAGGACGCCAAGAGGGUGCCCACGGAGCGCGAGCUCGGCGUCGUGCCGCCGGGCAUCGGCGUGCUCACGUACGUGCUGCUCGCCCUCGGCGUCGUGCCCCUCGCGCUGGCCGGGGUGUGCACCGCGCGCUACUUCAUCAACCGCAGGAAGAAGGUGCUCGACGAGUCCGACUCGUCGUCCGAGCUCAGCUGCCACCGAAGGGCUCGCGUCGGCCGGACCGACGCCGCCCCCACUGCCAAGCUGCCCAGGCCGCUGCCGCACCUGCCCACGCCGCCCACGCCGCCUAAGGCCUGGGAGGACAGCGACCUGGAGCGGGAGCCGCGUGACCAGAAGGACCAGCCGCGGGACCGCGACUGGGACCGGGACCGCGUGCUGCAGAUGCCCGCGCCCACGCGCUGGGAGUUCCCGCGGGACAAGCUGAGGCUGCAGACGCUGCUCGGCCAGGGCAACUUCGGACAGGUGUGGAAGGCGGAGGCGGACGACAUCAGCGGCCACCACGGACUGACUCGCCUCGUGGCCGUCAAGACCGUCAAGGAGGGCGCCUCGGUGCGCGAGCGCGAAGACCUGCUGCAGGAGCUGGGCAUCAUGCAGCAGCUCGGCGCGCACCCCAACGUCGUCACCUUGCUGGGCUGCUGCACGGAGAAGGAGCCAUUCCUGCUCAUCAUGGAGUACGUCAUGUACGGCAAGCUGCUGGCCUUCCUCCGUGACCACCGCACGCGGCAGGACUACUACAACUUCUCCGAGGACUCGGACGCGCUCACGUCCAGGGACUUGACGGUGUUCGCCUUCUGCGUGGCGCGCGGCAUGGAGUACCUCGCGUCCAAAGGCGUGAUCCACCGCGACCUGGCUGCCCGCAACGUGCUCGUGGACCACAACAAGCUGUGCAAGAUCGCCGACUUCGGCAUGUCGAGGAGCGUCCGCGACUCCGGCUGCGGCCAGGUGUACGAGCAGCGCGAGAACAAGGGGGCCUUGCCCAUUCGGUGGAUGGCGCCGGAGUCCCUCAUCUACAGCGUGUUCACACACAAGAGCGACGUGUGGAGCUUCGGCAUCCUCAUGUGGGAGAUCGUGACGCUCGGCUCCACCCCGUACCCCACGAUGGGCGCGCGCGAGGUGCUGCGUCGCGUGCGCGACGGCUACCGCCUGGAGCGGCCCGCGCACUGCCGUCCCGAGCUGUUCCGCAUCGUGCUGCGGUGCUGGCACGCCGACCCCGCCAAGAGGCCCGACUUCGCCGAGCUGCGCCGCGCCCUGGCCGACCUGCUGGAGGACGGCGUGCGGGCCGGCUCCUACGUGGACCUGGAGGGCUUCGCCAUGGACUCGAAGGCGGGCAACGCGGGCAACGCGGUGGGCGGCGUGUGUCGCGAGGACGGUCGCGGGGGCGGGGGGUCGUCCGCACCCGUGAUGCUCAACCCCCUCGGGAACGCCUUGAGGGACGAGGCGGACGUAUGACCCCUGUGUUCCCUGUGCGGCCCCAGUCAUCCUCACCCGGUUUUAGUCAUUAUUUUAAUUUUGGUAGGAGUGCGCUGCGAUGCGAGAUUGGCCUCAAGGUUGGCCUCCCUGCCCAGAAGGGAGGGAAACAUGCGAGGGCUGGUUUGACUCGCCCCUUUCGUUGUUUGGGAAUGUGUUUCAUUGUGUCUGUGUGGACUGUUGAGACGGGUGAUAACCAUGCCUUUUUUUUUACGAUUGUAGAAUAGUCUAGAGACAAUCUAAAGUCAUGACGAUUCAAGAGACAUCAAUAUAAUGUCAUCCAAAUGCUCCCACAAAAUCAAGACACUGUAACUUAAUGACAUGGGCUCCCAAUAUUUUGUCAUUGGGGACCAUUUUUAUGAUAGUUGAAAUCAUGUUGAUGUGAUCUAGACUUGUCAAGACUUCUGAUCUUCCUUCAUUAAUAUGAAUAGAUAACAAGAAUUCAGCAGUGAUAGAAGUAGGAGCGGCAACGCAAAUAAAUUGUUCUGUCAUCAUGAUUGCAGUCAAAUGUCUUCCUGAAAUCUAGAUAUAUUGCCAUUUCUAUACCUUGUAUUUUUUACUUUUCUGUUUCCAUAACAUAGCAGUUAGUUUGACAGGACAAAUCGUCACUAGUUUCCUUUAGCUGUGGUUUGAAGGCCAGUAGGUGUGUGCACGCAAAUGUGCAAAUAAAAUUAACUAAAGACCAAAGAUUUAAAAAAAGAUGAAUUUGUCCAACAAGUGCACUUCUUUACCCUCUUGUAUUUAAGUGCCCAAACUUUUGUGAACAAGUUUUUGUGUACAUAAAUUGUUGAUAGAAUGGUAACUUGUUUCAUUGUGUAUCAUAGAUUUGCCCUUUCAGUAGUACUCUACUGUAUAUGUCCAUAAAUAUUGUAUAGUUGUAUCAUGCAGAAAUUGAACAUGGAUGUUACUUUAUGUACAGAGAUUGAUAUGUCAAUAAGUUGUUGUGUAAAUAUGAACAUUGCAUUUAAAGUAAUAUUGCAUGCCAAAAGUGAGAUGAAUUUAUUGAGACUGAACUGAUGUGACUUGACUAUUUAAAGAAAAGCUGUGUCACACUAUUUUUGUUGACUUCAAAAUUACUCAGAAUUGACAAUCUGCUCUCAAGUGAAAAUAUAGCUGUUUUUAUUAUUUUGUCUUUUUGUACUUGUCUGCUUUUACUAUGUUUUGUACUUAUUUUGAUUAUCUGGACUAAACGUAUAUAGAACUAACUACUAGAACUCUGUGCAAAAAUUGUUGUGACACAACUAGGUCGUUUGUAUUCUGUUGAUACAAAAUAAAGAGAAAUUGUUCGUA